AGUAAGUCAUUUGAGAAGUCACCGGAGAAGAGGACACGUCUUUAUAGAUUAGAUAGUUUCACACAGUUUUGCGAGGAAAAUCGGCUUUCCCCUUCCAUCGGCUCGCUUUCGCACCAGACUCCCAGUGCUUUUUCUUUAUUUUUACAUCUUACAUGGUUUUGACUUUCUGAGCAUUCAUCGCCAACCCUCCUGUGGGCAUUUCCCCAGUUAAAGGAUGCCGGAUCAAAUAUCGGUGUCCGAGUUUCUCUCGGAGACAACCGAGGAUUACAAUUCCCCGACAACAUCCAGCUUCACCACCCGACUGCAGAGCUGCAGGAACACAGUGAAUGUGCUGGAGGAGGCUUUGGACCAGGAUCGAACCUCCCUGCAGAAGGUGAAGAAAUCAGUGAAGGCCAUCUACAAUUCAGGACAGGACCACGUCCAGAAUGAAGAGAACUACGCUCAGGCUCUGGACAAAUUUGGCAGCAACUUCAUCAGCCGGGACAACCCCGACCUGGGAACGGCUUUUGUCAAGUUCUCCUCCCUCACCAAGGAGCUGUCUGCCCUACUGAAGAACCUGCUCCAGAGCCUCAGCCACAAUGUGAUCUUUACUCUGGACUCGCUGCUGAAGGGCGAUUUGAAAGGCGUGAAAGGGGACAUAAAGAAGCCCUUUGACAAAGCAUGGAAAGACUACGAGGCCAAGUUUACAAAGAUCGAGAAGGAGAAACGAGAGCACGCCAAGCAACAUGGGAUGAUCCGCACUGAGAUCACCGGGGCUGAGAUCGCCGAGGAGAUGGAGAAGGAGCGGCGUCUCUUCCAGCUCCAGAUGUGCGAGUACCUCAUCAAAGUAAAUGAGAUCAAGACCAAGAAAGGAGUGGACCUCCUCCAGAACCUGAUUAAGUAUUACCACGCACAGUGCAAUUUCUUCCAGGAUGGCUUGAAGACUGCGGAUAAGCUGAAGCAGUACAUUGAGAAGCUGGCAGCUGAUCUCUACAAUAUCAAACAAACUCAGGAUGAGGAGAAGAAGCAGCUGACUGCCCUGCGGGAUCUGAUCAAGUCCUCCCUCCAGCUGGACCAGAAGGAGGACUCACAGAGUAAGCAGGGUGGCUACAGCAUGCACCAGCUGCAGGGAAACAAGGAGUUUGGCUGUGAGAAGAAAGGUUACCUGCUGAAGAAGAGUGAUGGGCUAAGGAAGGUGUGGCAGAGGAGACAGUGCUCAGUGAAGGGGGGCAUGCUCACCAUCUCUCAUGCCACAUCCAACAGGCAGCCGGUCAAACUCAACCUGCUCACCUGCCAGGUCAAGCCGAGUACUGAGGACAGGAAGUGCUUUGAUCUCAUUUCUCAUAACCGGACAUAUCAUUUCCAAGCUGAAGAUGAACAAGAGUUUGUCAUCUGGAUCUCGGUGCUAACCAACAGUAAGGAGGAGGCCUUGAACAUGGCGUUUCGUGGCGAGCAGAGCAGCGGAGGCGAGGACGGUUUAGAGGAUCUGACCAAAGCCAUCAUAGAAGACGUGCUGCGCAUGCCAGGCAACGAAGUCUGCUGUGACUGUGGAGCUGCAGCUACAAAUCCCCUGCAGCCUUCAACAAACGUGUGCGUGUGCGUCAUGCACUCUAUGAGCCAUCGCCAGCUCGCAUCUGUUUAUUAUAUGGGGGCCAGAUCCAUGGAGCUCGACAAGCUAGGAACCUCAGAACUCUUGCUGGCCAAGAAUGUAGGGAACAGUAGUUUCAAUGAGAUCAUGGAGGGAAACCUCCCGUCACCUUCACCAAAGCCCAUUCCAUUCAGUGACAUGACGGUGAGGAAGGAGUUCAUCAACGCUAAGUAUGUGGACCACAAGUAUGCAAGGAAGACGUGCACGUCUGCGUCAGCUAAAAUGAUCGAGCUGUUUGAGGCGGUUCAGUCCAGGGAUCUGCUGUCCCUCAUCCAGGUCUAUGCAGAGGGGGUUGAACUUAUGGAGCCGAUCCCAGAGGUUGGACCGGAAUCCGGAGAGACAGCACUGCACUACUCUGUACGGACUGCUGACCAGACCUCACUGCAUUUAGUGGACUUCCUUGUGCAGAACAGCGGCAACCUGGAUAAGCAGACGGAGUGGGGGAACACCGCCCUGCAUUACUGCAGCAUGUACGAAAAACCUGAGUGCCUCAAGUUACUCCUGAGGGGAAAGCCGGCUACUGAUAUCACCAAUCAGAACGGAGAGACGGCGCUGGAUGUUGCCAGGCGACUGAAGAACACUCAGUGUGAGGAGGCACUUGUGCAGGCUGCAGAGGGGAAGUUCAACCCUCACAUUCAUGUGGAGUAUGAGUGGAGCCUCAGAUUGGAGGAGAUGGAUGAGAGCGAUGACGACCUCGACGAUAAGCCCAGUCCCAUCAAGAAGGACCGCUCCCCGAGGCCUCAGAGCUUCUGCCACUCCUCCAGCCUCUCCCCCCACGACAAGCUCUCCCUGCCGGGCUUCAUCAGCCAAAGGGACAAACAGCAGCGUCUGUCCUACAGCGCCUUCACCAACCAGAUGUACAGCGCCUCCACCGACCUCACCUCCUCCCCCGUGGCCGACGGGCCGCCGCUGCCACCUAGGAACCAGGGCAAAGCUCCUCACUUGGCAUUCCUUGGCUCUCAUUCGCACUACGCCACACUGGCUGGCACUCGACCAUACAUCACUCCUCCCCCAUCUGGCCCUUCCUCUACACUCACACCAGGAGGCAGCUCCACCCUGUCCAAGAAGAGACCUCCGCCCCCACCUCCUGGACACAAACGCACCCUGUCUGACCCACCCAGCCCGCUCUCUCACAGUCCACACAGUAAAGGGGGCUUGACUGGGGGAAGCGACUCCACCCCUCCUCCUGUCAGCAAGAUGUCUCCUGUUUCUAACAAGUUUGAAGGAAUUCCUCAACAGCAAAGCACUACUUCAAGCAACACAAAGUCUACACUUGGUCCAAGGGUUCUUCCCAAACUACCUCAGAAAGUGGCAUUGCGAAAGAUUGACACCAUACACCCAUCUAUGGAUAAGCCCAGCCAUCCUCCAGAGGUCUUCCAGAAGUCCCCGCCGGCCACCGACACCCCACAGAAGGCUCCUCUGGCAGACAGGCCUCAGCUGGGAGACCUGCCCCCCAAACCACAGCUGUCUGAACUUCCUCCUAAACCUGGAGAACUUCCUCCGAAGCCACAGCUGUCUGACCUCCCUCCUAAACCUCAGCUGGGAGACCUCCCGCCUAAACCCCAGCUCAAAGACCUGCCUCCCAAGCCUCAUCUCGCAGACAUCCCCCCAAAACCCGGAACAACCGAGUCCACUCCCCGGCCACCUCCCGGAGAGACAGUGCAAAGGCCUCAAACGCAACCUCCACCUCCACCUCAGCCUCAACCUCAGCCUCAAGACUCACCGUCACCUAAUCAGCAAGCAAAUAUAGGGACCCCCAUCCAACAAGCUGCUGAAGACACCAAUGGGACCCCAACAGGGACUGCAGAGACACCAGUGCCCCUCCCAAGAAAGAUCAACACGGGGAAAAGCAAAACCCGUCGGGUGAAGACUAUCUAUGACUGCCAGGCUGACAAUGAUGACGAACUGACUUUUGUUGAAGGAGAGGUGAUUAUAGUUACAGGAGAAGAGGACCAGGAGUGGUGGAUCGGACACAUUGAAGGAGAUCCGGAAAGAAAAGGGGUGUUCCCCAUGUCUUUUGUGCACAUCCUGAGUGACUGACAGCCAUCGAGACUUGCACUACGCCUCUCCCUAAAUUGGGAGGUCCUGUAAAUAGCUAUUAUAACACCUCUUGUCAAACGACAAGUGUCCUAAAGAAGAAGAAAAAAAGCAACAAAGAAGAAACCCAAGAAAGCUCAUCUAAGCCAUGGAUGCCUCAUCCAUGCUGUACAAAGAAUGUGUGUAUUCUUCCUUUACCAGUAUUAUCUUAACCCUAUAGCAUGGCUGUGACAAAGCCACUCUCAGAACCCUAGCACUUACCUAAAGUCUAUGUUUAUGCUGUUACUGUGUAUAUAUGUAUGUAAAUAUAUAUAUGUGUGUGUAAGUGUACAUGUUUUAUUGUACAAAACAUGUACCAUUGCUCUCUGUCAGAUUAAGCAUCAGGGUGGUAGACUUUGAAUUUUAUCUGUAUUGAUUUUACUGGCCCUCAAGUAAUUAGCUUAUAUUUCUGGAAAAAGGUCAAAUAAGGAAUGUAAAAUAGGUCAUGUCACUAUUUUUGUCUUGCAUCCCUGUUUACCACCUUAAUUGACUGAAGAGGCUGGAGUCUCCCACUGAUCUUCCCCGAGAUGAAAACAUUAAAUGUACUCCUUGUUCUUGCUUGCUUUGUGUGUACACGUAUUAUGGUUGUUUUACAGUAUAGAAACCUGCUGCUACUGUGUGGUGGAAUAUCAAAGCCUGUGGCUCACUGUAGGUCACUGAUUUACUCCUUGUUACACUGUUCACUGUAUGUAUGCUUUGUUUGUGAACUCGACGCCAUCUCCACAGUCCUUUGACCUUUUCUGUGCAUGGUGUAACAAUGACUGGAAUUGAGUGGAGUGCUGUGUUCAGAGACGCUCACCUCAGGGUUUGAAGAGCCACUAUUAAGCAGGACUUCACAAAAAAUGUAUCCUGUUAAAGCCACUAUUAAUGACAAGUACAGGAAACUCAAGGACAUCAUAGCAAUAACUUGAUUUUCUGGACAGGCUAGAAAUUUCACAUUAACUUGUGUUCAUAAUUCAGUGUCUUGUAAAAACCUCAUGAGCUUGAAAUGUUUUGAGUUAUGUAAUAUCAUUCCAUGUUACUGGAUCCAGUACAUUGCCAGGUUUGCCUGUGAACCAGAGAUGUCUUUUAGCACAGUGGACUUUGUAAAAGGCUGGAGACCCCAUGUAUUUUCACCCAGUCCUCACUGAUUGCAGUCUUUCCCCCCCCCAUUAGGAACAAACCUAUCAACCCAUUGUAUCAAUUAAAGUGCUGUACUUAACUGA